AUGCCAUCUACAGUUCCCUCUACUGUUGCCCUACUUCUAAGCUCCACUGACUUGACCGUCGGAGCUAUUUCGGGAACCCUAGCCCCAUCGUUGUUCUUUCUUAACAGGAUAGCCAGUUCGGUUUUCCCUCCUCGGUUCCGCUACGCUCUCCCAGGUCGGAUCUUUGCAGCUCAGCUCGGACUGCGUACUUGGCCGUCGCAUCAAGAUGCAAUCAGUAAGUUGCAACAAAAAUUUAUGCUCUUGAGACCACAAAUGAAAGAUGCUUAUGCUUUUGCAAACAACUUUUCAUUAAGAUGCCCCCAUCCCCUAUGCCAUGAGCUUAAAUGGUAUAACUUCCAUUCUUUUCUGCGCAACGUUCUGUUGUCUCUUUGUCGCAGCGAAGGCAAGUUGCAAAGGGAUAUCUACGUUCAACUUGAUACUAUGUUAGACAUGCUAAAAUGUAUGGAUACCUAUAUCAAGUCCAUGAAAUGUCAUGUAUACUUAGGUUUCACAUCUUAUUUUGGUGCUUUAAUUAUCCGGGCAGCACAUGUUUCUUACUUGUGCUGGAUUCAUCAAAUGGAUGAAGACAAGAGCCAGGAGAUCAUCAUUAUGCUUUCUGAUCUGCUAAAGGCGUUGAAGCCUAAUACUCCAGAAACUACACAGUUGUGUUUCUAUGGAAUCAAAUACGAUUCAGAAUUCAAACCCCAGAGAUUGGCUGUAGAAGCAUUUGUCAAUUUUCUUAUUCGUGAGAAGGAUCCUCAACUUCAAACCAUAUACGAUGGGCUCACACAGCUGAUAAUGUUUGUCCUUCACGCUCGUGCUCCAGAAGAGGAUAAUGUAAAGCCUCUUUUAAAGGAUAUUACAGCAGCCGUUUGCAAGCUUGGGUCUUUCGGUUACUCUUUCCAUGUGAAAAGAACAACACAAGACAAACCUAAAGGAACUGAUCCUGCAAUAUUUUGGUUGCUUGACAAGAUGGAGCUUCUGAGGGCAGAGGGGAAAAGCAAAGCUCCUAAGCUGGUAUGGCUGCAUAUUCUAACUUUGGCUAGGGAGGCUACCUCUAUUUAUCAAUCAUUUCAUGCCCAGUCUGUCACUAUAGGCAAGUUGAGAGAUGAGCUACUUAAGUUGCAAGAGAAGAUUAAGCUUUUGAAGACAGAGAUACUUCUGGAAGAGCUUCUUAAUGGACACCCAAAUUAUGUAGUCAACGUGAAGAACGAAAUCAAAAGCCUUGAUCAGGGGCUAAUAGUCCUGAGACCUUUCCUGAUUGGUUCUGACGAAGAGAAUGAGAAAUUCCUCCUGACACAAGCAGAAUCUAUAACAAGAAAUUUAGCUUUUUUGUAUGACUGUCUUCUUGAAAAUGAAAGUACAGAAGAUACGGUGAUGAAAUUCAGUUUUUUGCUUCCUGAGUUAGUGAAAAAGAUGAAUCUUGUCAAUGCAGAGAUCAAAGAGAGUUACAUAACUGUUCGCAAGUCAUUAGGAUCUCAUUUCCCGAAGACAGAAGGAUUUGGUUUCAUUGAUUUCCUUUUAGGAAAUCUCAGGGAACUACUGAACUCUGAAGUUGAUUAUGUUGUUUCUGUCAUACAUCAAAUUCAUGUUGUUCAUGAAGAGAUAGAGUUCUUGAGAUCAUUCCUCAGAGAUAUCGAAGAACAAUAUAAGGAGCAUCAGGAUUUGAAAACUCUGGAUUCGUCCAUUAUGGAAGUGAUACUUGAGGCGGAGUAUCUCAUUGAUGUGUUUAUUCUUGGAGAUUGUUUGCAAUGGUAUCAUCCGAUAUGGCUUUCUGAUCUCAUUGAAGAUCUCAAACUCGUCAAGCUUCAGGCAACAGAAAUCUAUGAGAAUGCACAUGGCAUCAACAUCAAUAAUGUUCCCACCUUUUCAAGGAAUGUAAUAUCACCACCCAAAAUUCCCAAAAUUGAUGAAGUUGUGAUUGAUCUUGCUGAUGGGAAAAAAUUAGUCAUUGAUAGACUUAUAGCAGGAUCACCACAACUAGAUGUUGUCUCAAUUGUUGGCAUGGCUGGACUCGGCAAGACAACUUUAGCCUUAAAGGUAUACACUGAUCCUUCAGUUAUUUAUCAUUUCCACAUUCGUGCAUGGUGUUCUGUCUCCCAGGCAUAUCAGAAAAGGGAAUUGCUCCUUGAGAUUUUAGGUGACAUUGUUGAACUUACGGAUCAUAUCCUUGAAAUGAGCGAUGGAGACUUAGAGAUGAAGUUGUACCAAUGCCUAAAGAGAAAUAGGUUCCUCAUUGUCAUGGACGAUAUUUGGAGCACUAGCGCAUGGUACGAUUUUCAAGGUUCAUUUCCAAAUGACAACAAUGGAAGCAGAAUACUGAUCACGAGUCGUCUCCCUGAUGUGGCUAGAAAAAUGAAAGUAGAUAGUGCUCCUCAUCCCCUUCGGCUACUCUCUAACGAUGAGAGCUGGAAGCUGUUCCAGAGGAGAGUGUUUGACACAAAAGAGUGCCCUGAUGAACUGGUGGCAUUAGGAAAUCAAAUUGCAGAAAGUUGUAAAGGACUCCCUCUCGCAGUUGUUGCAAUAUCUGGUCUCCUUGAAAGGACUGACAAGGCACCAGACUGGUGGAAACAAGUUUCAGAAAGCAUAUGUUCACACAUUGCCGAGGACAUUGAAACGAGGUGCAUGGACACCCUAGAGCUGAGCUACAGGUAUUUACCUGACCAUUUGAAGCAUUGCUUUCUUUAUACUGGAGUAUUUUUGGAGGAUGAGGACAUUCCAGUUAGGAAGUUGACAUGGUUAUGGCCAGUAGAAGGAUUCAUAUGGAAUACAGACCAAGAGAAUAAUGAAGAUGUUGCAGAAGGGUACUUGAGGGAUCUGAUUGGUAGAAGCCUAAUAAUGACUUCCAAAAAAAAAUCACUUGGAGGUGUCAAAACAUGUCGAGUUCAUGACAUGUUGCGCACAUUAUGCAUGCUAAAAUUUGACAAAGAAAACAUUUUGCAGUGUCAAAAUGGGUAUGAAGAACUUUUUGCUUCCACUCUUGAGGAUUUGGAUUACGGUGUUGAUCCCAACUACUCAUAUCCCACAAACUCUAUCACAUACGAAAAACGCAGAUUGUCCAUUUGUUCUAAGAGAAAUCACUUUGUCAUGUCAAGACCUUCUGGGCCACAUGUCCACACUCUAUUGUUCUCUGCUACCAGUGAUUUGUAUCCAAGAUGCCCCUAUGAUAUCUCCUUCAUUUUUGACAACUUUAAACUUCUUAGAGUGCUGGAUUUGGAAUGCAUCAAUAUGGGAAAUUCUUUCCCAACUGGAGUUCAGUUGUUGAUUCACCUAAGAUAUUUAGCACUUUGUGGCAAUAUAGACUGUAUUCCAGCAUCAAUAUCCCAUCUCCGGGAUCUUGAAACCUUGCUGGUGAAGGGAUUAAGAGGUGAAGUUCUACUACCUUAUACCAUUUGGAGCUUGGAAAAGUUGAGACAUGUCCACGUAAAUAUGCAUGCCACUUGCACAUUGCAAGACGGUGAAAUUACACUUUCUCCUCAAGUACUCAAUCUAAUCAGUCUUUCCUGUCCAUAUCUCUUAUGUGGUAAAGGUACAGAGAAUAUCAUGAGGAGGUUACUCAAACUUCGGAAACUGAGAUGUGUAUUUUCUGAAUUACGGGAUAAUACUGGGAAGCUAAAUCAGUUUCCAGUACUAAACUUUCUGACAGAGCUCGAGUCAUUGAAUGUACUGUAUUCUGGUCGAAUUUCUCUUCCUUGUGAGUUUGACUUCCCAUUAAAUCUCAAAAAGUUGACUCUAUCAAAAUUCCGUCUACCGUGGGAUUGCAUUUCACAGAUUGGGAGAUUACCCAACCUUGAAGUUCUCAAAUUACUUUCUAGAGCCUUCGAGGGGAAAGUAUGGGAAAUGAAAGAAGGAGAGUUCCAUAAACUGAAAUUUUUGAAGCUGGACAAUCUAAACAUUGCUCAGUGGAAUGCCUCUAGUGAUCACCUGCCACAGCUUCAACACCUAAUUCUACGAAGUUGCAGGCAGCUUGAGGAGAGCCCCUCUGCUUUUUGUGAAAGCUCUACUCUGGAGAUGAUUGAGGUCCAAUUGUGCACGAGCUCUGUUGAAGAGUCAGUGCUAAAGCUUAAGGAGGAACUACUUGAAAUGGGAAAUGAGGACUUCAAGGUUCUUAUUGAUCGUUCAGACAUGGAUUUAUGA